CCCAACUCUGCUUCCGCCCCAGCUUGCAAAAUCCCUCGCCUCGCACCUUCCUGCUAAAAUAUUUUCACGGAAGUUCUUUUCAAGAAAUCGCCCAGACUCAUGCAAGGAAACUGUGACUUAAUUCUAUAUUCCAUCAUUACACGAGCUCGCCAAUUGCGUUGAAUCCUUUCCACUACCUGUUUGAAUAAUUCUUAAUUCCUUUUUCGUACCUUCUGUUCUUAUUUCUCAUUCUCCUUGUUGGCUAGCCUCGCUCGGGCACUUUUGCUGGCACCAUGAACUGAAGAAAUAGAUCGAGUCUCUGUAAUUCUGAGGACCUUACAGAGCAUGGGGGCCUCGCUAUCCAGCCUUGGGACGAAUGGCUCGACCAUUGGUCCGGGCCUUGGGGACAUCCCGGAGAGCUGCGUGGCUUGCGUUUUCUUAUAUUUGACUCCGCCGGAAAUAUGCAAUUUGGCGCGGCUCAAUCGAGCUUUCCGCGGUGCGGCGUCCUCUGAUGCAGUGUGGGAAACAAAGUUGCCCUCGAAUUACCAAGAUCUGCUCAAUUUAAUGCCUCCCGAGAGGUACCAGAAUUUGUCCAAGAAGGAUAUAUUUGCUCUGCUAUCUCGACCAAUACCAUUUGAUGAUGGCAAUAAGGAAGUAUGGCUGGACAAGGUGACGGGAAGGGUUUGCAUGUCCAUAUCGGCAAAAGCCAUGGCGAUUACUGGAAUUGAUGAUCGGAGAUACUGGAAUUGGAUUUCUACUGAGGAAUCUAGGUUUCAUACUGUGGCUUAUUUGCUACAAAUUUGGUGGUUUGAAGUUGAUGGAGAGGUGAAAUUUCCUUUUGCUGCCGAUACUUACACUCUCUUCUUUAGGCUCCACCUUGGACGAUUUUCCAAAAGGCUUGGCCGGCGUGUGUGCUAUUAUGAACACACGCAUGGUUGGGAUAUAAAACCAGUGAGAUUUGAGUUAUCUACUUCAGAUGAUCAGCAAGCAUCAUUUGAGUGCUGUUUAGAUGAAACUGAGCGAGAUGAUGCUUAUGGUAACCAUAAGCGUGGAAACUGGGUUGAUUACAAGGUAGGGGAAUUUAACGUCAGCGGAUCGGAGCAUAUAACAGAAGUUAGAUUCUCUAUGAAACAGAUCGAUUGUACACAUUCCAAAGGUGGGCUUUGUGUAGAUUCUGUAUUCAUUAUACCCAGUGAUUUGAAAUGGCGGAAGACAAGAGGCGUUUUGAAGUAGCCACAAGCAGAGUAGGAAGUUUUUUGUUUUUUAGUGUGGUCAGACAUCUCAUAAUACUCUCUUGGAAUCCACCAUACAGCAUAUACUUCCGAGGAAAAUUAAGAAUGAGGAUCGAGGAGGAUGCCAUCUUUUGCGGGGUUUUUUUGGCAGUUGGUAUAUCUCCUCUCUGGUCAUGUAAUAAUUUUCUGUUUUCUAGUUGUUUCUAUGGUCUAUACAUAUGUUAGAUAAAAAAAAAAAAAAAAAGAGGGGCUGGAAUUUGCUAUCAUUAUCUUGCUUGCUCCAGUUGCCCUCCCUGUAAUUUCUUUUGUAACUUGUGGCAUAGGAAUAGAAUUUUACUCAGACAUUUUGUAUAACUUCUACCUUGGCUCUAUCCCAUGACAUUCGGGUUUGAUGCUAGAUAUGCAUAAAUCCUCAUGCGUUCAA